GCCCUCAUCUACUUCAUCUGCGGCAACCCAGGCCUCGUCAACUUUUACGUGGCCUUUCUCGACUGUCUCCGCGGCAUGCUGGAUGCGGCAGACGAGGGCGAGGGCGGGACGGCGUACGACAUCUAUGGGCGGAACCUGCUGGGCUUUAGCGAUGAUGAUCAUGAGCCGUUUGGCGAGACCAACGGGCCGUGGGAUCUGGAUGGCCAGAUUGAGGGCAUCUACGAGGACGUUGCGGCGAGGAGCGGAUCGCGGCCGUAUGACUUUGUGGUGUUGAUGGGCCAUUCGGUUGGUGCGUACAUUUCGGUUGAGAUUAUGCAUCGGCACAUGAAGGACGGCGCGGAGCGAGCGCCGCAUUUGAACCUGCGGCAUGGGUUUUUGCUCUUCCCGACGCUGACGCACAUUGCGAGCUCACCCAGCGGGAGGAGAGUCGCGCUCUUGACGAAGAUGCCCGGCAUGGAGAAGAAUGCGCAUCGCAUAGCAAAGCUGAUUCUCGGGUGUAUUCCAUAUGUGUGCGUCUUGUGGAUCGUGACGCAUGUGAUGGGCUUUACGGCGCAGACGGCCGAGGUGACGGCGCGGUGGCUGAAGAGUCGGGAUGGAGUCUGGCAGGCGAUUUAUCUGGGAGGGUCGGAGAUGAGGACGAUUUGCGAGGAGAGGUGGGAGGAGGAGUUGUGGGAGGCGACUGAGGAUGACGGACGCUCGGGAGAGGGAGAAGCAAAGAUGCCUAAGUUUUUUCUCUUCUAUGGGAGGAAUGAUCAUUGGGUUGCAAAUCAUCUGCGGGAUGCGUUUAUCGAGCGGAGGAGGAGGGAGGAGGGGCAUACGAGGAUUUUGGUUGAUGAGGGGGAUAUUCCGCAUGCGUUUUGCGUGAGGGAGCAUACGAGUUGGCUGGUUGCGAAAAAGGUUCAUGAGUGGGUGAGGGAGAUUGAGGGA